AUGAGGGAUACCUCACAGAGUGGAGAUUCCGAUCGCAUCCAGGCAACCACUGACGAUGACGAUGAAGACGUGGUUGGAUGUCUUCCAAGAGUUUUAUCAAGCAGUCAUCGUGAAGUCAUUGAGAACAUUGUGAAAUCUUUGCCGGAAAUUGUUGAAAGCGGUAAAGAUGAUGUUUUGGAUAAUGAUUUUGAUCGUUACGCUCGACUUCUCGAUAUUUAUCAGGAACAACCGAAUCUUCUUGAUUGUAUUAUUCCUACCCUUUUAAAGACGUUAGAGUCGUACAUCAUCCUUUCUUCCUCAGGUAGUUCUCAGAAAGGUUUGAACAAAUUGUCGAUCACUGCGCUGCAUUAUAUUUCACAUCUGACGAAAGUUCGUGGAUAUAAAGUUAUUGUGAGGCUUCUUCCACAUCACGUCUCGUAUCUUGAUAAACUUCUAACUACUUUGGAGCAGUACCAGGGAAACAUAGGUAGCGAUUUGUACGAACGUCAUAUGCUGCUAUUGUGGUUGUGGAUUGUCUGUAAGAAUCCAUUCGAUUUCCGAAGGUUCGAUCCGGCAGGACAAACGGGAUCCACCAUUAGCCGUAUUCUUGCUGUAGCCAAUUCUUAUCUGAAGUAUCCGUGGGCGUCCACGCAUACUGCGGCUGCUCUAAUAAUUGCACAGUGUUUGGCUCGUCAUGACGGAAUUCCUCUCAUCCCCGUGACAGUGGAGGAGUGUAGGAGACAUAUAGCCGAGAAUUCACCAAAUCUUUUAGGCUAUGCACUGCUCAUUUGUGCUAUUCUCAAGCAUGUAGACAGGAAGCAUCUUCUACCUCAUGUGUCUGCAGUACGCGAAGCCGCUGAAUCCCACUUCGUCGCCAAAAAAUCCGGAACGGAUGCAUUGACAAGGAAAAUAUUCAUUAAAAUGGUUCAGAGACUUGCUUUAGUCGCUCUGAAACCAAGAUUAGCUGCUUGGAGAUAUCGCCGUGGUAAGCGACGUCUUGAAGAGAAUCUAAAAUCGACAAACAAAUCGAUUGUCGAUGUAGCUGAUAUCGAUCUGCGUAGUAAGAAUGGUAGUCGAUUAGGUGGAGAGGAGCUCAUAUGUGAUGAGGAACAAGAGUGCGAGCAUCCUGGCGAAGUGGUUGAAUGGGCAAUUGGUUGUGUUUUGCAUGCCCUUUCGGAUGACCACACGACCGUGAGGUGGUCCGCCGCCAAAGGAGUAGGGCGAAUCACCGCUAGACUUCCAAAAGACCUAGCUGUUCAAGUAGUUGAUUCGGUACUGUCUUCGUGUUUUCAUCGUCUUGCCGGACAUUGCUCAUGGCAUGGCGGUUGUUUGGCGCUGGCUGAGCUUUCACGUCGUGGAUUUCUUUUACCAGAAGCACUUGAUAAGGCUUUCCCUAUAGUCCAACAAGCACUGUUUUAUGAGGAGCCUAUGGGACGACACGCACUUGGUAGCAAUGUCCGUGAUGCUGCCUGUUAUGUGCUAUGGGCUUUUGCUCGCGCAUACGAACCGGAAGAACUAAAGAGUUUCAUAGAAACUGUGGCUACUAGUUUGAUGUGUGUUGCGUUAUUUGAUAGAGAGGUAAACCUGCGCCGUGCUGCUUCUGCCGCAUUUCAAGAGAACGUCGGUCGUCAAGCGAAUUUUCCGGAUGGAGUUGCCUUGCUGACUAUUGCGGACUACUUCGCAGUAGGAAAUCGUUUGCGGUGUUACACUAAAGUCUGUGUGGAAGUUGUUCGUUUCCCCAAAUAUGCCGAAGCUAUAGUUGAUCAUCUGCUUGAAAAUAAGAUUGUUCACUGGGACGAAGUUAUCCGUGAACAAGCGGCUAAAGCUCUCGGCCUACUUGCUCCUCAUCAACCCUACUACCUCUCGGCUAAACUUGACAACCUCCUUUGCGGUUGCAACUCACCAAAUCCUGUCCACAGGCACGGUUAUUUAUUGGCUCUUUCACACUCUUUGCAAGGUUUGCUGUCAAAUGGGUAUCAUUGCGACAAAGAAGUUUUGCGACAUGCUAUUUCAUUGCCAUGGAAACUGCGCCAGGAAAGUGAGAAGCUGAAAAUCUUCGGAGGAGAAUUGACACGUCUUGCUUUGUGUGCGUUUAUUCGAUGCUUAGCUGCCAUUCCAGUGCCGUUAGAUGCAGAUGAGAUCGAAAAGUGGCAAGAACGUCUCCUAGUUUUUGCUUGUGACGAUACAGCAGCCGUAAGAUCUGCAGCAGCUUCUGCGGCUUCCACAUUUUUUCCUGCAUAUUAUACUGAGAGGUUGUUAGACGGGAUCACUACUUCUGUGAAACUAUUCGCAUCUAAGAUAGCAAAUACUCGCAAGGAGAAUGAACGGAUUGGGGUUUGCUCAUUGGUCACAUAUCUACCUCCACAGUUCACCAGUCAGGAACUGUUCAGUGCAAUUUGUGGAGUGAUUAUGAAUCAAAGCGAUCUGGAUGCUAAGUGGGCAUUGGCUCGUCGCUCAGCAGUCGAUGCACUGGGAGCAUUGUUUGCUGGUCAACCUUAUGAGAAGUGGACCUCGUCUGUUUUUGACGUUUUGUUUCGUGCUGUCGAGGAUUAUACCACCGAUUGCCACGGAGAUAUUGGGCGUUUGGUACGAAUGUCAGCAAUGUGUGUCAUGACGAAAGUGUUGAGUGUUCCUACAUUAAAAGAAGUUUUCAUCGAAGAAUAUGCUCAGCGCGUAGUGCAGUGCAUGGUACAGCAGAGUGUUGGAAAAAUUGGGCGCAUCCGAGAGACUGCGUGUAAGUGCAUCAUAACACUGCUUUCUUCUAACAUCAUUCGCAGACAUAUUGCACAUGCAGAUGAACUUUCAGUCAUUUAUCAUAAUGAGCAUGACUUCAUACAGGACUCUAUCUUUCUCUCAAUGGCUCCGCUUUUACUAUGCGAGAACUACUAUCAAGAUCUUAUUUGUGGCCUAGUAAUUUCUGCAGGAGGAGUCAGCGAAGGAACAACAAUGCGUGCUUCCCAAGCGUUAAUGGAAUAUCAAGCUUCGAUUUCGAAAGACAUUAAGUUAUUGGAGCGAUUCCUCGGAUCAGUGGCAGAUUUGUUUGAUGCGGGUCGCAAAGUUCCACGAAUAGGAAAUAGUGUUCUACGUUUGCUUCCUCAGAUUUUAUCAAGAUUGUACGUUCUCGAAGAAAAUCCUGACGCAUCAGGAGCUCUUUCACGCAUUCUUUUACAGUUAACGAAGAUUGUGAAUUCGCGACAGGCGUCACCAGCUCGGAUAAAAAGUGCCUUGAAUUCUUUGUGUUCUCUUUUAGGAUGUAAACGAUCUAGUCAAACUUGGCGGAUUGCGGCUCAGUUGGUAAUACGGGCCCUUUCGAAUCCGUUACCGGUCAUUAGAAGAGCUGCUGCCGAAGGACUGUAUGAAAAUGUCUGUCUUAGCGACGUGGAUGAUCAGGUCCUGAUGCUUUUAUCGGAGACCGUCUGGCAAGAAACCUCAGCUCCUGCGAUGGCUUUGAUUCAGCAGGCAGCACAAACCAUUGAAGACAUUCUUCUUUCAGAAAAAAGAUCGAUUAUUUCAUGA